AUGGGUUUGCCUAGAAAAUCCCCUUCUUUGCUCUCUGUAUCUUUGGUUUCAAUCACAAUCUUUUUGGGGUCCUUUCCUUUUGUUGCUACAGCUGCAGAUUAUACUAACUUGGUGUUUAAGGGCUGCGCUGACCAGAAAUUUCAAGACCCAUCUGGGCUUUACUUACAGAACCUCAAAAAUCUAAUGCAAGAUUUGGUUUCACAAUCAUCACAGAGAACUUUCUCCACCGCAGCCUCUGGUGAAGACCCUAAUGCAAUCAAUGGACUUUAUCAAUGCAGAGGGGACCUAUCGACAAGCCAGUGUUACAGCUGUGUGAGCAAGAUCCCGAAAAUAAGUGAUAAAGUUUGUGGGAAAGCAGUAGCAGCCAGGGUCCAGCUGAGUGGAUGUUACUUAAGGUACGAGAUAUCUGGGUUCAAACAGGUUCCAGAAACAGAGUUUUUGUACAAGGUAUGUGGGUCGUCAUCAAGUGGAAGAACGGAGUUUGAGAAGAGAAGAGAGACGGCUUUCAACAUGGCGGAAGAAGGGGUGAAAAGUGGUAGCAGCUUGUUUUACACUGGGGAUUAUCAAUCUGUUUAUGUGCUAGCUCAGUGCCAGGGUGAUAUGGGUACAGCCAACUGUGGGGAUUGCGUGAAAACUGCUUUUGAGACGGCAAAAAAUGAUUGUGGCGACUCUGUUUCAGCACAGCUUUAUCUGCACAAAUGCUACAUUAGUUAUAGCUACUAUCCCAAUGGAAUUCCAACUAUAUCUUCAGGGACCGGAGAGACGAGGCAACGUACACAAAAGACCGUGGCAAUCGCAGUUGGGGGAGUCGCAGGUUUGGGGUUUCUUGUCGUUUGUUUGAUGUUCCUUAAAUCAGUGGCGAAUAAACGAAGUAAGAAACAUGAAGGCUAUUGAGAGGCUCCUGAAAGAUGGAGAAUGGGUGGCUACAAAAUACUAGAAAACUAAAAAAAAGGGAGGAGCUUUUACCAAAGUUGGAGCCUUUGAGGAGUCCCCACAGAUGAUACUCAAUUACUAACCUUUAACUUGAGAGCUUAUUUUGUAAUUUAUAAAAGAAGAAAAAAAAGAGACAGGGCUAAUAGUGACUAAACCCCUCCCCACCCCCCAAAAAAAAAAAAAAUUUCACUUUUAAGUGUGAAUCCCCUUGGCUUUUAUCAUUGUAUUUACACAAAUAUAUUGGGGGAAAUGCUGUUGUUUAAACUACAAUUUUACUUGUUUUUAUCACUGUCAAAGGAUUACUCUUUUUCCUUUUUCAUAAAAGGUAUGAGUGGAAGUUUUAAGAGUUCAAUUUUAA